GAAGGUAUAGUGUUUAUUCAAUCAUGCAAAGGACUAAAAAGUGAGCAAGAAUUUAAUUCCUUCCCUGCCCUCAAGAAGAAAUGGCUUGAGGGACAACAUGCUUUAGAAGAGACAAUUUUCUUUUCUUUCUUUUCUCUCCUUCUCAUUAUCCCUUUCUCUCUUUCUCUCUCUUUCUCUGCGAUCUCUCUGUCUCUCUCUCCCAUAGUUUUUGGUUUUUGGAGUAGCAGUAGAGGAGAAAGCAAGAAAGAAAGGAUUCACUGUGGGAUGGGCAUAAGAGGAAACGGAGGAAAUGACUUGGUGCAAUGACAGUAACGAUGUUCAAACCAUUGAAAGAACCUCUCCAGUUCCUUCCAAUUCAAGCAGUGUUAAUAUUGCUCAAAGACACAAAGAAAGCCUACUUAGAAGCUGCCCUUCUUGUGGUCACCAGAUCAAGUGCCAAGAUCAGGCGAGAAUCCAUGAUUUGCCAGGGCUACCUGCUGGAGUGAAGUUUGAUCCAACUGAUCAAGAGCUGCUUGAGCAUUUGGAGGGAAAGGUCAAGUGUGAUGCUCGCAAGCUUCAUCCUCUAAUCGAUGAGUUUAUCCCCACAAUUGAAGGAGAGAAUGGAAUUUGCUAUACUCACCCAGAAAAGUUGCCAGGAGUUAGCAAAGAUGGCCUGGUUCGCCACUUCUUCCAUCGACCAUCGAAAGCAUACACAACAGGAACAAGAAAAAGAAGAAAGGUACACACAGACGCAGAAGGUGGCGAGACACGGUGGCACAAAACAGGCAAGACUAGACCAGUUCUUGUUAGUGGAAAGGUGAAAGGGUACAAGAAGAUUCUAGUGCUUUACACCAACUAUGGGAAGCAAAGAAAGCCAGAGAAGACCAAUUGGGUAAUGCACCAAUACCAUCUUGGUAAUAACGAGGAAGAGAAAGAUGGAGAGCUUGUGAUAUCCAAAGUUUUCUACCAAACACAGCCUAGACAAUGUGGUUCUUCCAUGAAAGACUCUCCUCCUUCAAAAUUAAAGGGACAAAGUGGUCAUGAAGGUGCUAAUAGCCUUAAGAAUUCUACUCUUGUUCAUGAGUACUAUAAUCCUUCUUUUAUUUCCUUUGACCAGGGUAGCCAAGCCAGAGCAAACCCUCCACAACUGCUUCCCCAUUUUGCCGUCCAUGAUGGGUCUUCUUUUAUCCCUUGAAUAAUAAAAGCAGCACCUAAGAGAGAAAAGGCUGCAUGAUAUGGUGGUAGAGCAAGUUCCAAUUAUUAUGGAAUUAAUGGUGAAAUAAAUUACAAAAUAUAUUGUUAAUUAGGGCAAAAGGGGAACAUGGAAAAGAAUAAGGUUUCUUUAGCUAAAGAGUAGAAGCCAUAUUCUUCAGGUUUAAAUCUGAAGAUUUUGGCAAGCUAUAACUUUUAUUUCUUUCUUUCUUUCUUUCUUUGUUAUAUGAUAUGAUGCGUAUGCAUGGCUUUGUACAGUGUGAGGAAGAUCCGAAGAAGUAAAUUUCACAUGGGUGGCGAACCUUUUUCCUCUGAGUGUGUGUUAACUUUGGAAACUGUACAAAGAGGAUUCUUACCAUAAAUAUUCUAACCAGUUUUAUACUUUUGUUUGA